AUGACUUGCCCACUCACACCAUUAUUACCGGCAUCAUCAUCGGAAAUUAGCGAUGAAAGCGAUCAAAUGGUUUGCGAUGUUUCUAAUGACAUUAAUAUUGGUAAAAAAUUGAGCAAAAUUUGCCACAGAUUGGCCCAUCCUGAUGUCAAAAUACGUUCAAAGGGAAUUAAGGAUGUUGGGAAAUUUAUCGUUAACACUCCUAUUAUAGGCACAGGAGCCAUGAAAAAAUUGGCAAUUGCCAUCUAUUUCUAUAUCUGGUCCACCGAUAUGCCCAUAAACCAACGGCAGGUCUCCGUAAAAAUAGCCCAACUACAUAAUUCAUUCGGCGAUUAUCGCAAAUCAUUUUCCUACUUCCGGGCUAUCUUCUUUGCCCUUGCUGAAAACUGGUCUAUGAUUGAUAAGUUCAGGUCCGAUAAGAUGCUACUGUUUGUUCGUAUUAUGGUGGCAGAAGUACUUGGGUUUAUCCAUAAAUCCCGUUAUAACAAGCAGAUACUUAAUCAUUUUUCUAAACUUAUCCAGGAUCCAAAUGGAAUUUGUAGCGAAAAGGCUACUGGAUUGACAAUGCAUGUGAUUGAAGUAUUUAUACCAGAAUACAAGGCCACUAUUCAUGAAAAUCCCACUACUAAGGCAUAUAAGGGUAUACUGUUACCCUUCGUAAAAUUGUCUUUAGGUAACAACAUGAACAUUGUUAAGCAUAUUCACAACAAGAUACUUACUUGUCUUGGCGAUGUUUUUGAUAAUCGCACAUUUCUAAAGAGUAUUGUUAAGAAGAUCAACAUGUCGCCAAAUAAACAAGCAAGAUCUCUUAUGGAAAAGACACUAAAGCUAUAUGAAAAUUCUAUGGAUAUUGAUGAAGUAUUUCCUCCAAUAAAAAUCCCAAAGGUACAUGAAAAUAUACAAUCAGUGCUAAAGAAUAAUUGUAAGAAUGAACACAACAAAAAUAAGGAUUUGAAGGUUGUAUUCAAUCUCAAGAAUAACAAAACAACUGCAUUCUACAAAAACCAACCUCCUGCUAAAAUUUCAAGUAUUGCUGAGAGCGUCUGCUAA